AGAGGCCUGUAAUUCCAUAUUGACCUUCUUAUCUGAUAUCUUUGAUCUCUCAAGCUCUAGUUGUGGAGCUGAGCUCCAAUCAAUUAGGGACACUGUGGUACUCCCUCGAGGUGCAAGCCUCACCAGAAUAUUGAUAGCCUCAUUAACUGGGGCACUUCCAAGUUCUCGAUUGGAGACGGUAUCAUAUGCCCUGCUGGCGCUGACUAGAACAUAUGGCACCAAGGCACUGGAGUGGGCAAAAGAGAGUGUCUCAUUGAUACCACUGACAGCUGUGACUCAGGUGGAGCGUUCAAGAUUCUUUCAGGCAUUAUCGGAGGCAGCAGCAGGAGCUGAUAUCAAUUCCCUAAUUGUUCCUGUUGAGGAGCUUUCAGAUGUUUGCCGUCGCAACCGGACAGUUCAAGAGAUCGUACAAGGAGCUUUGAGACCACUUGAGUUGAAUCUCACACCUGUAUCUUAGUAGUGUAACAUAAGAGGUGAUUUUGGUUUAUAUAGGUUUACAUCUAUUUGAAUGAUAAUUAUUUGGUUUUGUAUCAUUAUCAUUUUUUUUUUUUUUUAAAUGUCUUAUUCACCAUUUGUCACGAGCCUGUCAAUAGUGAGUGAGAGUGAGUGGGGGGUUGUUUUAUUUCUUGCAUCCCAUGACCAGUGUUGGUCAAGUGUAAUCGGCACUUCAUUCUGGUUAUCAAAAUGUAAACUAUGUUAUUCAUAUUGAGUUUGGCUUUCUAGUA